UAAUUUUUUUUGUUUGUUGCUAGUCAAUAUACAAUCAGGAGAAAAGUACUACAACAGCAAUAUUGAACUAUGAAAAGCCAUAAGCAAUUAGCAAAUAACUUUAACUUUUCCUCAUUUUAUUUUUCUUAUUCUUUAUUUCUUUUCAUACAUUGAUUUUUUUGACCUCUCCAAAUGAAUCAUUCUUCACAACAUUCUGUUAGAAGAGGACCAACACUUCGGGGCAGUGGAAGAUAUCGUCCUGCCAUUAGUAGGAACAGUGUCCGUCGUCCAUCAAAAGGAUCACCUGACGAUGAAGAACAAAUUGGCUUAACGGAAAUACAACCGGACGAAACUUGCAGUAGUAUGUCUGAGAAGAUUGAAACAGAACAUAGCGAGGAAACCUUUACAGAUAUAAUAUCACAUCCAGUGGAAGAAUAUCAUGCUCAUCAGAAGCGUGAAAAGAGUUUUCAAUCAAGAGCACACCGCUGGUCAGUUCACCAUUCGCUAACACAGCAGCAACAAGGGGAAAGAAUACAGCGUCAAUUAUCAAAAAGACAAAGUGAACAAAUUCAUUAUUCAAUCGUUCUGCACUUUCGUCAGUUGCGGGGUAAUCAAAGCUUUGUCUUGGACUAUGAUGCAGCCAAUGACUUUUGUCAACGACUUCAUUUAAGUCUACAAGAGCGUAUUCAAUUCAAUGGUGUUCAUGAUACAGAUUCACUCACUGAAUUCCUUUACAAAAUCAAACGCGACUUUUCUAUCAAAAUCCAUCAUAAAUCAGGAAAGUACGUGCAUCAUCAACACCAUAAUGAUGGCAGCAACCAUAUUAUAGAGAUCAAUGAAAAUGUUUAUAUAGAGUUCAAGCCCAAAUUCAAUAGCCAUCUGCAUUUACCACUUCUAGAGGCCACACGUCGUCCGUUCUUUCAGCAUCCUGAACCUGAUUUAAGUGCAGAUAUUGGUCAAGAGAAAGCAGCUUCGUGGCUUGAGCUAUUUUAUGAUUUAUUUUACGUAGCCACAUUGACUCAAUUCACACACAGUCAUCAUAUUAAAGAUUGGGCGUCGUUGGGUGUGUAUGCUCAGUGGUUCGUUAUUACCUGGUGGGCUUGGUGUGCAAGCUCUUUGUAUACAGCAAGAUUUGACACCGAUGAUGUUGUGCACCAUAUAUACAAACUAAUAGAAAUGUGUGCAGUCAUUGGCAUGGCGGGUUCGUCUGAGUAUUUCCAAAACUCUACAGGAUACGUCUAUGGUUAUAUAGCGUUGAAAGCAGUAUUGGCUAUUGAAUAUUUUGUUGUCUUCAUUGUCGCCAUAUUGGCCAAAUCAAAGUCCCGGGUACCUUUAGCAUUUUACAUUGGUGCCAACCUGGUCUCUAUUGCACUGUGGGCUUCUUCUUUGGUAAUAUUAGAGAAGGGAACUCACCGUAUUCUCUGGUACCUUGGUAUUUUGUCGGAAGUUUUGGUAAAUGUGAUCGUUCGGGAUGACAAGACACUUUCAUGGGCAGCUAGUCAUUUGGCAGAAAGACUUGGGCUUCUCUCUUUGAUCGUACUAGGAGAGAACUUGAUGGGUUUAGUGUCGCUAGUAGCAAUGUCAGGCAACUACUUAAUUAUAGUUGUACCCAACUUUAUGGCCGUUUUCAUUAUUUUCGGAUUCUUUUUUAUGUACUUUGAAGAUUUCAACAAGGAGGUACAGCAACACGAGUGAUAGAGUUCAGGUGGUUAUUGUCCAAAUGUUGACUCUCUUUAUAAUAGGUAUUUCUACACAACAAAUAUCAUCAAAUUUGGGUUUAUCUGCAUUUCCCUCUGCAUUUAUGUCAGGUAGCUUUUGGUAUUUC